UUCUGAAUUGAUUAUCCAGGAGGAUUUGGCGGAAGGUAUCCCCGCCCUUCUCCCGCCAAAAUCCCCCGCAAAAAUCCGCGCAAAGAAAAACAAAGCACAACGCGCCUGGGUGCGAGGAAGUAAAUAUGUACUGGUGAUAUACGGAAUGGUGCCAUCAACUGCGCGAACGAGGGUAUGUGUUUAUGGCCUUAGGCUAACUUCGUCUUGGAUCAUCUUACAACUUUUAAUUUGAAGGCAAAUAUGAAUUUUGGCGUUCUAUUAUGGUUUCUUGGUGUAAUUGUGACCGGGUUUGUGUGUAUGGUCUUGUGUUUCAUGCUAUACCUGCAUUAUUUACACCAAUGCUACGCUCAUUUGCCAGGACCCACUCGUUCAAGUUUCAUACUUGGCAACCUUCCUGAAUUGUGGAAAUACAAGAAAGCGACAGGCAGAACAUUUAGUGAAUUUGUGAUGGAACAACGAUUCAAGUAUGGAUCCAUCUUUGUGCUUACAUUGUUUCACAGACCUAUGGUAUACCUUGCUGAUCCAAGCUAUGUUCGUGAAGUAUUUAUAAAUAACCACAGAUAUCUACAUAAAUCAUCUUUUAUAUAUGAUAAAGUCGGAUUUGUAUUCGGUGAGAGAGCUCUGGGAUAUGGCUUAGUUACAAAUACAGACGAGUUUUCGUGGCGUAAGAAACGACAUAUUAUGAACCCAGCUUUUCACCGAAAAUGCUUGAAGGAUUUCAUGUCCAAUUUUAACAACAUUUCCAGACGAUUUUUAGUCCACAUGGGCAAGGUAGCUGAUAGUGGUGAACAUGUUAGUAUGGUCAAAGAGUUUUCAAAAGUUACACUUGAAGCUAUAAGUCAAGUGUCAUUUAACAUCAAUACCAAUGCAAUUGGAGAUCCAGAAUCACCAUUUUCCUCUGCCAUUUACAACUACACCAGAGGAGUACAAGACCAAUUCGAUUUUCCUUUGAGCUCUACAUUUCUUGGAAUUUUUCAAUUUAAACUAUUUCAGAAGGAUUCCCAAAGAGUAAUAAUAAAUUCAGCACGGUUUCUUCGAAAAUUUGCUUCAGAUUGUAUUUCAGCUCGACAACAGGCCAUUGAUGAAAAAAAGGAUGUACCUAAUGACUUACUCAGUCUUUUAAUUAAUGAUGGUAGCCUAACAAAGGAGGAGAUAAUUGAUGAAUUUUUAACAAUCUUUUUUGCUGGUCAAGAAACAACAGCAAACUCAUUAGCAUUUACCUUAUAUGAAAUCUUGAGCAACCCUCAUGUUGAAGCAAAGCUUUUGAGUGAAAUCAAAGAAGUGCUGGGUGACAGAGAGGAAGUUGAAUUUGAAGAUUUAGCAAAACUCAAUUUCACUGGCCAGGUUUUGCAGGAAAGUCUACGAAAACACCCUAUCACAGCAGGUGCACUAUCUAGGAUUUUAGAAAAAGAAAUCACAAUUGCAGGUUAUCAAAUACCUAAGGGAAGUACAGUUGCCACCAAUAACCUUUUCUUUGCAAUGAAUCCUGAAACCUGGAAGGAUCCUGACGUUUUUGACCCAGAAAGAUUUGCUAAUCCUGGAAGCAUCCCAAACUUGAGCAUGACCCAUUUUCCCUUCUCUGUUGGUCCUCGAAAUUGCAUUGGACAAACAUUUGCAAAGUUUGAGUCCAAAGUCAUUUUGGCAAAAUUAUUUCAAAAGUUUAAGUUCAAGCUGUUGCCAAAUCAAACUGACAGAAUGUUAGGAAGAUUCACUAAUACACCUCGAGAUGGUGUGAUCUGUGAAGUUAGCCGAUGUGCAGGCCAUUGAAGUUUUAUUAGAUGAUUUAUUGGUUAAAACUCUAAAUUUACCUGUCAAUGAUUAACACUAUAGAAUAUUGUGCUUCACAAAAUAUUUGAAUUCUAUUGGGAAAAAAUUAAAUAUACAUUUCAAUGUUACGAUAUAUAAAAAUAAUUAGUUAUUUUACAUUUCUGUACUUUGAUAUGCUUUUAAAAAAACACUCCUAGUACAUGUUACUUUAAACAUGUACCAACUAUCGGGCCCUAAAUGCAGUUCCUAUAUUUUUCUAAAAAAUUAAUUUUAAUAUCUUCUUGUAACUUUAUAUGUAUAUGUUUAUUCUAAUAAUGUAAUUUUUGGUGAGACUUAAUUGGGAAUUAAUGUUCUGUUGUCCUUAGUCCUUACCAAUUGUAAAGUUAGUAAAAUAAAUAAAUACCCCAAAUUUGCUGA